AUGGCAAAAUUCUUCGCCUUGUUCACCAAAUUAACUGUUUUAAUAACAUUACUUCAUCAAUCCAUCGCAUCAGAAUCGCUACAACGAUGUCGUCGCGAGUCCACCUGUAUUCUCACACCUGAAGUUACUGAAGGUCCCUACUAUUGGAACACAACACUCAUGAGACAAAACAUAUUAGAAGACCGCGACGGAAUUCCACUUCGUAUUCAAAUCCUGGUCAACGACGUCAACACCUGCACACCCAUUGCUAACGCGGCUGUCACCAUGUGGCACUGUGAUGCAGGUGGCAUCUACUCACAUUACAUCCAAGCCAGUCAAAACGUUCAAAAUCCACAAAAAGACAAUUCUACAUUUCUUCGAGGUAUCCUGCUGACCGAUGUGAAUGGUCUUGUAACAUUUGACACGAUCUAUCCAGGAUGGUACAUUGGCAGAUCAAUUCAUAUCCAUGUGAAAGUGCAUCUUGGUGGAACUUAUGUGAAUGAAUCGAGUUACUAUUCUGGUGCGAAGUAUGUUCAUACUGGUCAAUUGUUUUUCAAUGAUUCGUUCAGUGAUCUGGUGAAUCAACAGGCACCGUACACCAAUCACACAGGUAGUCGCACGUUGAACAGCCAGGAUGGUAUCUAUGCAUCGACAAAUGGAUAUACAUUGAUGGCUGUUCAAUACGUCAAUUCAAAUAACGGAUUUAGUAGUGGUCUGACUACAGCAGUAACACUUGCAGUCCAAGGAUUGUCUUCGGCAACUACGACCACAGUAGCCUCCACUACUGAUGAUAGUCAGGAAUCUACAACUUCGGAUUCCUUAAGUAGUUCUUGCAAUGGGCGCGCUGGCGGUCGUCCCUUUUGGCUAUGGUAG